AAUAUGAGUUCUUUAACAUGGUACGAAUUGAAGAUUCAAAAUAAUCUACAAUUCGUUAACGUUACCAUUGAAGAUGGUAUCCUCAACUGGAAAAGUUUUGAACUGUGGGAUCAACCAAACCCAGCUGUAAAAUCACUCUUAGACAAACUAAAAUAUCUAACAUUAACCAAAAAAGAAUCAUGUAGAAUCGAAAGAAAAUACAUUAUACAAAAAUUUAAACAACAUCACUCAAUUGCAAAUGUAAAAUUUGACGACAGACACUAUGUUAGAGAAGAGGCUCAAAGAAGAAAAUGUUUGAUCUGUUAUAGAAAGCUAACUGAAUCUGGAGGCAGGAAUCAUGCCAGGAAUAGAGCAACUCAGACCAGAUUUAAAUGUGUGCAGUGUACUAAAUAUUUUUGUAUUUUUUGCUUUAUCAAUUAUCAUUCUUAUAUGUAUUACAUACCAGAUUUCCUUGAAACGUUUUAACAAAAGUUUCUUCAUAAUUUUUGUAAAAUUACAGGUGAAUAUGAACUCAUAGUAUAUGCAAACUGAGUCGAUUUUGCUAUUUGAAUUGAUUUAGAAAUAAAUUAAAUUAUUUUAAACGCUGAAA